AUGGGAGCCAGGAAAAUCCGUCAACUAUCAGCCUUGCAAAGACCUUUUGCGAUAAACCUAUGCAAAGCAUAUCGAACUACAGCCACAAAUGCAGCACAGGUACUAGCUGGUAUCAUACCACUGCAUAUCAAAGCCUUAAUGGAAUCUGCAUAUGCCCAACUGAUCCACUUGCGCCGAGAUGCGACAUUUGGAAACACUACCUAUAGCCCAGUCCAAUAUGAGCAUCGGGGCGACGUAUUGCGUACACAUCCCUCAAUAAAAGGGACAGGCAUACGCACAGUUAAAUCCAACUGCCUUCAUCGAGACACCCUCACGAAGAUAUACACGGAUGGCUCGAAGCAUGAACAUGGAGUAGGUAGUGCCUUUAUACACUAUGAUGGUUCCAACACCGAAUACACAUGGAAAGGACAUCUGAAACCGGAAAACAGCGUCUUUCAGGCGGAAGUUACUGCUCUCACAGCAGCGGUACAGCAUAUACUCAACAACAAUAUACAGGCAUCUACCAUAUACACGGACAGCCUUUCAGCAAUAAAUGCAAUAGAAAAUCAACACCAUGUAUCGCCGAGCAUCAUUAACUUGCAAGACAUCCUGCAGCAUAAUCGUCACACUAAAAUUACCAUGGUCUGGGUCAAAGCCCACGAUGGCAACCAGGGAAAUGAAGCAGCUGACCGUUUGGCUAAGGAUGCUGCAAGCAAUCUCGAAGCACAAGAAAUAAAUAUUCCUGCCCCACCAUCCUAUCUAAAGCGUCAUUUGCAGGGACAAGCAAUACGACAAUGGCAAGAAGAAUGGACUAAUGCGGAAAACAGGGAGGCGCACCUAUGA